AAGAGAUGAUAUUGCGGAUUUCCGCUGAUAGCCGCUGCUGCGUGGCUGUCCGAGUCUACGAUACAUCUCCUCUCCUCCUGUUUUUCUCUCGUAACCCUCCUCGAUCCAAUUCCAGUUCCCGCUGUGCCUGCAAUGUCCGAAUUCACCUUCACACAUCAGAAACACUACAUCAACGGCCGGCCUCACCGGUCAGGUAGCGAGACAUUCACCACAUACAAUCCCUCGACCGGCACGCCCAUAGCGCAGGUCUACACCGCCACGCCGGAAGACAUCGAUCUGGCCAUAAGCACCUCUCUCUCAGCCUUCAAGACAUGGUCCAAAACACCACCGAUCGAGCGCUCCCGCAUCCUCCUCCGAGCCGUGGCUCUCCUCCGCAGCCGCAACGACCUCAUCGCAAAAGUCGAGACGCUGGACACCGGGAAAGCGUUCUUCGAGACGUCGACCGUGGAUGUUGCCACCGGCGCGGACGUUCUGGAGUACAUGGCCGGCCUGGGCAUGGCUAUGGGAGAGGGCAAGACUAUCCAGCUCCGUGAGUCGGCGUGGGUUUACACACGGAAAGAGCCACUGGGCGUCUGUGUAGGCAUCGGAGCGUGGAACUAUCCGAUCCAAAUUGCCCUCUGGAAAUGUGCCCCCGCGCUCGCAGCCGGCAACACCUUUAUCUUCAAGCCAUCGGAAGUGACCCCCCUCAGCGCCUACAUCCUCGCGCAGAUCCUGACGGAGGCUGGAUUACCACCGGGGGUGUUCAACCUCGUGCACGGCCUGGGCAGCGUCGGCGCGGUGCUCUGCGCCGAUCCGCGAGUCGCCAAGGUCUCGUUCACCGGCCAGCCGUCCACCGGGAUUGCGGUAUACACAGCCGCGGCAAAGACGCUCAAGCUGGUGACGCUGGAGCUAGGCGGGAAGUCACCGUUCAUCGUGCUCCCUGACGCCGAUCUCGAUGCCGCGGUAGACGCCUGCGUCACCGCUAAUUUCGCCUCCUCGGGUCAGGUCUGCACUAACGGCACCCGCGUCUUCGUUCAUGCAGACAUAUUCGAUCGGUUCGAAAGGCUGCUGGUGCACAAGGUGAAGACGGGUGUGCGCGCCGGUGAUCCCAUGGAUAGGGACGUCAACUUUGGUCCCGUCGUGUCGAAGCAGCAUUACGAAAAGGUGCUGAACUACAUCCGCCACGGCAUCAACGAGGAUAAGGCAACACUACUGCUCGGCGGCGUCGAGAAGCCAUCAUCCCUCAGAGCGCCGUUCACGAGCGGCUACUACAUCACCCCCACGGUCUUUACCGACUGCAACGACACGAUGCGGAUCGUCCGCGAGGAGAUCUUCGGGCCAGUAGCGUGUCUGCUUCGGUUCUCGAGCGUGGAGGAAGCGAUCGCUCGAGCCAACGAUACCGAGCUGGGCCUCGCCGCAGGAGUGUUCACCAGGGACCUGAACAUGGCGCACAAAGUGAUGGCCGAGGUGCACGCGGGAAUCUGCUGGAUCAACACGUGGGGCGAGAGCCCCGCGCAGAUGCCGGUAGGAGGCUGGGGCUACUCCGGCGUCGGAUUCGAAAACGGCGCUGAAGCCCUCCGACAGUUCGUCAAGAACAAAAGUGUACUCGUCGAGAACGGCGAAGUCGUGCCGGCUUUCGCCAAGUUGUAGGGAAAGGAGGGG